UUUAGCCGAGUAAAGCGAGCAUCGUAGCCUGUUGCGCCGUAGCGGCGUAGCGCCGUAGCGAGCGUAGCCAGUUGCCAAGCGUGAGUCUUUCCGCCCGCCCGCUACGCCGCUCUCUAACCUACGUUCGUAUUCUAAAUUUAAAUUUUCGAAAAGUGCUUUUGUUCUUUUGCUGAAAGUGUUUUUUUCUUUAGUGCGGUACGAUUUCUUUGCGAAUGUAUGUUUUUGAAACUUUGGUUGAUAGUGUUUAGUUUUUAAUGAAUUAAUUAUGAACUGAUUUGGAAGUUUUUCUGAUUAAUGGACGUGAGCCGCGAUCACACGAUGCUUCCGGACGGGAGCCGGACGGCGGGCAUCCGUCAGGCCGGGGCCUUAUCUCGCAAGACUCCAGGCGUUUGAGGCGUCCGGCAGAUAACCGUAGACAAUAAUAGAGCCUUCGAUACCAUAAUGAACUCGACGGAAAGCCUCGACGUCAAUAGAUCUACACCGAUAUACACCAUCGGCACGACUUUUAUUACACAGUGGAAACUGUUAAAACUGAAACAACGCACGUGCCUCCCGACCGACAGUCCCAGCGAGUGCCAGAAUAUCUACCUCCUCAACGGGUCUAACUACUCCGACGUAUACUACUAUAACAACUCCUUGGACAGCAACGGGCUGGAACCAAUACUCCCACCAUUCCCACUGUGGCUGGCCGCGAUCUUCGCCACCUGCCUUCUGCUGGUCAUCCUGCUGACAGUCAGCGGCAAUGUCCUGGUGCUCAUGGCGUUCCUUGUUGACCGAACUAUUCGGCAGCCCAGCAACUACUUCAUCGCCUCGCUCGCUGCUACAGAUCUGCUCAUAGGUACAAUAUCCAUGCCAUUUUACACAGAUUACGUUUUGAAAGGCUACUGGCAUCUCGGCCCACUAUUGUGCGAUCUCUGGCUAUCCGUUGACUACACCGUUUGUCUAGUAUCACAAUACACCGUGCUCCUUAUUACUGUAGACAGAUUCUGCAGCGUUAAAAUAGCAGCUCGAUACAGGGCCUGGAGAACUAAAAACCGAGUCAUUUGGAUGGUGACAGUCACCUGGAUUAUACCAGCCUUACUGUUCUUUACAACAAUUUUUGGAUGGGAACAUUUCAUCGGCUACAGGGAUUUGCAAGAAGGAGAAUGCGCUGUACAGUUCCUAAAGGAUCCCAUUUUUAACACAGCUUUAAUUAUCGGAUAUUACUGGACUACAUUGAUUGUCCUAAUCGUGCUAUACGCGGGAAUAUUUAAGACUGCUUAUGAUAUGCAAAAGAAAAGUGAGGCGAAACAAAGAAAGAUGCAAUCUAUGGUAGCUUUGAGUGCAGGUGUCAUGUCAGGAAUGGCUGGACGCGCUGCAGGCAUGGCGGCACUUUCUAAAGCCACAAUUUCUAGUGAAGACCAAAUGAAGGUAUCCGAGUCUAUAAGAAAAGAUUCAACUUCUAAAGGAUCUUUAGCAGCACCUUUGCUUACACUUGGGGGAUCAACUGAUUCUAAUUCUAGUCAAAAAUCAUCCGCUCACAAAAGUAGCGCUACUGUUACUGCCACAUCAACAACUGCUGAAUCGGACGGAGAUAAGAAAGAAGAUCAAGUGGAAGCAGAAAGGUCUAGUAGUCCCGCUUUCGACUCCGAUGAUGAAAGCACAACUCAAACCAACAUCAAAAAGCGACCGUCUGUAGCCAACCUCGUGAUGCAAACCGGAGCGCUUCAACUGCUCAACAACAUGCGAAUGAACGGCGGAAUGUUAAUCAAACCAGAUUCAAAACAAACCGCUGUAACUAAACAAGAACUUGAUAAACCUAAAUCAUCUCUGUCACAGAUAUCCGAAAAAAGUUUACUUGACACUGACAACCCUGAUACGUCUCAGACUGGACCAGCCGUACAAGCGCCGACAGUGCCUCCGUCAAACACUAGUGUCACCACACCGACGUCUUCAGGUAUUGCUACGCCGUCUGAACAACGAGAAGUAUCGACUACUAUUGCUCAAAGAAUUAUACCUCCACCUUCUGAGUUCAGGUGCAGCCCUUCUGUCUCCGAAAGCCCUCCGUCUUAUUCCGAAUCCUCUCGAACAAGAACUGUUAGAGUAGUAAGAGAUGGCAAUACUUAUGACGUGCUAGUCGGAAUGGACGGCGCUGAUUUAAGAUAUAUGGAUGAGAGCUCCAUCGUGAUUCCUACACCGACUAACGAAAGUCCGCCCUCUUCUGUGACGUUUCCAACUGCAACUGAACCUUCAUCUCCACCAACUUUGAAUAGUGCAACCAAUGUAACUAAUACUUCCCUUUUGCAAGCAGCUCUUAUUAGAGCUACAGCGGAGGCCAAAGCGCCUGCUCCUAAAACAAGCUUUUCACCGCCACCGCCUAUAAAAGUAAACACAGAAGUAAGUUUGACGACGGGAGAGCGACCCAAACCAGUGAUCACUUUAGUGUCAACGUCUUCCAAUAAUAACGAGCAGCAGUCACCGAAGCGGCCUGAACUUAUCUCGCCAUUGAAACUAAACGCUUGCAUAAUGCCGGCCGUGGAAAACAGCGAAGCGUCUAGCCCCGCCGUUACUGGGUCAGGCCGUGGCGACUCGAAGAAAGAGUUUGUUAAAAACAUUGGAAAGAAAUUAAAAGUUAAACGUUCGAAGCGCGACGGCCUAUUCCCGAGCAUCGGGCGGCAGAAGUCGAAGUCGGAAAACCGGGCGAGGAAGGCGUUUAGGACCAUUUCGUUUAUUCUCGGCGCGUUCGUGGUAUGUUGGACGCCUUAUCACAUUUUAGCUUUAGUGGAAGGUUUCUGCACAGAUCCGCCCUGUACGAACAAGCAUUUAUACAUGUUCACGUACUUUUUGUGCUACGCUAAUAGUCCUAUUAACCCUUUCUGCUAUGCCCUUGCUAACCAGCAAUUCAAAAAGACCUUCACGAGACUCCUCCGGGGUGAUUUCCACAUCACCUAGUCCAUGUAUGUGGGGCAUAAGGCGUGAAUUUACCAACCCCCGGGCUACACGCGCACAAUUUUGAAUGACUAUUCAAAUGUUGUUUAUGAUAAGACAAUACUGUAUUUUAAAUUCAGUAAGAAUGCUUUCAGUGUAUAGAAUGAGAUAUGUAGAAAGUGUUUUAAGAUGUAUAGGCUUUUUGAAAGCCAAACAACUGAUAUUAACUGUAAAUAUUGUAUUCGUUGGUAAGUUAAUUUCAGUCGUAAAGUUCAGAACUGACAAUAAAAUGUUAGAAUGUGUAUAUAAUAGUUGUAGUGAUGUAUGUAUGUAAUCUUCAAGUCUCUUUAUAAUUCUAGCUAAGAACAUAACAAUAAUCACUUUAAGUGUUGCUAAGCCGUUGUAAAAACAUAGUAAGUAUUUAUAUCAAAAUGAUGUAUAUGAUCGACCGUUUUAAAUUCAAAGUCUGUAUUGUUAUGUGGCUAUAAAUUCGGAAUGUUUUCUAAUUCUAUAACGAAAAAAACUUAAGAUUUUUUAAUGAACAACUAACUGUUAUGAAUCGACAUUUUCAGAUAUUAUAAUGAUUAAAUUUAAAUAAUUAUAUUAUUGUAGAAGGUAUUAAGGUUAGGUAAGACAACAUAGUUUAUUUUGCUCGGGGUAAGACAAACAGUAUGAGGAUUCCAUACAAGUGAUAGUCUUACCACGGUGAUAGUCUUACCCCACCUCAUCUUAUAUGUAUUUUUUUUUUACAAUUUUUUUAAUAGCCACAUUACAAACAGCGGAACGCUUAAAAGCUUUAAGCACGAGCCCAGCUAAAGUUUUUCAGCGUCAAAAAUAAAAUAGUCAAUUAUCUGUUAGUCUAAGCAUUGUUAGUACUAAGGGCCUAAACCGUUUCUAUAAAUUGUAGACUCGAUAUUUAUAGAUUCUAGGUUUUAUGUAAUCAGAAAUACAGAAAAGAGUUGAUCAAAAGGCAGCAAGCAAGUGAUAAUAUUAUAUUUGGAAAAUCAAAUAAAAUGUCAAAUCUACGCUUACUCGAUGAUUAUAUUUGGCGUUCUGUCAGAAAAGAAUCCUUAUGCUUCAUAUGCAAUACGGACGUUUCUAUCAGAAUUUCAUAUGGAAACCUUUUUGCACUUCAAGCAUAAGGACCCUUCAACAUACAUUUAUUUAAUAAACUCUGCUGUGCACAUUUUAACAGACGUUGAGAAAGGAUUUUUUUCUACGAAAAAAGUUGGCUAAGUUAAUAAAGAAAAUAUUUUAUUAUAAACAAAUUAAUUAACGUUUUGUUUCCUUAAACUAUGAAUUAUGAGUAGGUACUUACAUGUACAGUAUGAAUUUGGGAGAUAGUAGAAAAAACACAUCAGAAGUUAAAAAUGUAAGGUCAAUGCGGGUAAGUGUGUUUAGGGGUUAAGUGUGGCUGGCCUUUAUAUUGGGGCCUGUUUACAUAUUUAUUAGUGUUUAUUGCGAGUUCAUACACUUGCAACCAAACGUAAGUAGCAUGGCUAGCUGCACUUACCCGUAUUGAAUUUAUUUGUAUUGCAUUUAACCAAAUACUUUAACAAAUGCAAAAAAAAAUAAUUUGAUCAUUUUACACUUUUUGAGUUCAGAGAAUCUCAAUGUUUUAAUUGAGAUUGUGUUAUUUAUUAAUUUACUUAGAAUACUUGCAUGUCUUAGAUUUGUAUAUUAGCCUUGCCUUUCGUAGUACAAUGUACAAUAGUAAUUCAGUGUCAAAAUAUGUAUGAUCCUAAACAGUAUUUUUAUAAUAGUGCCCUGUAGCCACCAUACCUAUAGGUCGUAUAUAAAUUGUCACAUCAAUAUGAAAGACAAAAGUGAAAUGACAUUAGUUAGAGUUAUCGGAAAAUUACUGAAAAAUAAAGUUAGAUUAAUAAAAUAUGAUUUGAAUGAAAAGAUAAAUAGUUUAAUUGUAUGUAAUUAAAAUCAAGUACACAUUUUUCAAGCUUUUGUAUUCAGCUGUAUUAUGUAAAUGUUAGUCUUUCAUACAAUAAUUUCUUUUUUUUGUAAUUGUAUUAAGUACAACAUUUUGCCCACUAUUUGCCACGCCCUACUCUUUUGAUUAUACUUCAAUUGUUUGUGAUAAUAGGUAAUAUAAGCAAGAACUUUAAAAGGUUAUUCAAAUUAUACAUGAUCUUAAUUCAUUAGAAAAAAAAAGAUGCUGGUUUACGACAGAUAAUAUUAAAAGAAGUAUUGAAUUUUUUUCAUAUAUUUUUUAAUAAUGAUCUAAAGUUGUGUUGUUUGUUGUUAAUACAUAUAUAUUUAUCAAAAUUAUGUAUAAAGAAUCUUUGUUUAUACCUAUAUAUUUUUCCAUAUUUGUUAUAUUUAAUUCAAUUUAGUUACGAGAUUAAUAUAUAAUAUAUAUUUUAUUUACAAAAUAAUAGACAUUUUAUAGAAAUAAUGUUUACAAUAUAAUAGACUGUUUUAGAUGAAAAUAACUAUUAUUUGUUCGGUGUUGUCAAAUGGAUGAAGUUAACAUAGAAGUUUUUUUUUUGACAGACUGUUAAUAUUCAAUUUGAACUGUUUGUAAUAAAAAAUGGAAGACAGUUAUUCAGAAUAAAACAGAAUAGUAAUGAUGUGUUUAGUUUCAUUCACAAUCAUUUAUUGAAAAUACAAAAUAAAAAACAACUUAAUACAAUAUCAAUCCAUUCCGCAGGCUUCGCCAUAGUUAAAAAAAAAAAUUUCUAACAUUUAAGCAUAGAUUUGUAACGUAGGAACUUGUUUCAACGGAAAACUUAUAUUUAUUUACUAUAAUAAGGAGUUAUUCGUCUUUCAUCAAACAAAAUGAGCAAUAACAGCUUUCGUGACGGCUAAUAGAAACUAAAGCAAAGAAAUAAUGUGAAAGAAAAUGGCCAAGAAGUAAUAAUUGUCGUAGCGUGAUAGUUUCGUGCCUACCGCCAUUAGGCCGAGAAUAAACGAAGGUACCCGAUUUUUGCCGAGGCUGCGACCUUGGCAAACGCGGGUAAAGAAAGGA